GAGGCUGCGUCUUUCCACUUCCACGCUCGCACGUGUGUUCCCGGGCCCUCGCUCUAGUGGCCCGGAGGGCAGAUCUACCGAUCUUCUGUUCCCCAGCCUGGAAUGAACCGCUUUCUGUUGCCGGUGUCCGUAGUGGGCACGGUGAUCGGUGGCACCGUGCUGCUCAAGGACUAUGUUGCUGGUGGGCUUGUCCCAGUAAGGCCACCAUACCUGGGAAGACUGUCAUUGUGACAGGAGCCAACACAGGUAUUGGGAAACAAACUGCUUUGGAACUGGCUAAAAGAGGAGGCAACGUCAUUCUGGCCUGUCGUGACAUGGAGAAGUGUGAGGCAGCUGCGAAGGACAUUCGUGGAGAGACCUUGAAUCCCCACGUACGCGCCCAGCACCUAGACUUGGCUUCCCUCAAGUCCAUCCGAGAGUUUGCUAGGAAGAUCAUCAAAGAGGAGGAACGGGUGGACAUUCUGGUCAACAACGCAGCUGUGAUGCGGUGCCCGCACUGGACCACUGAGGAUGGCUUUGAGAUGCAGUUUGGUGUCAACCACCUGGGUCACUUUCUGUUGACAAACUUGCUGCUGGACAAGCUGAAGGCCUCGGCCCCUUCGCGCAUCAUCAACUUGUCCUCCCUGGCUCAUGUUGCUGGGCACAUAGACUUUGAUGACUUGAAUUGGAAGACAAAAAAGUAUGACACCAAGGCGGCCUACUGCCAGAGCAAGUUGGCUGUUGUCCUCUUCACCAAGGAGCUGAGCCGCCGGCUGCAAGGCACAGGUGUGACGGUCAAUGCUCUGCACCCCGGUGUGGCCAGGACAGAGCUGGGCAGACAUACAGACAUGCACAACUCUGCCUUCUCCAGCUUCACACUUGGGCCCUUCUUCUGGCUGCUGUUCAAGAGUCCCCAGUUGGCGGCCCAGCCCAGCACAUACCUGGCAGUGGCAGAGGAACUGGAGAGCGUUUCUGGGAAGUACUUUGAUGGACUCAGAGAGAAGGCUCCGUCUCCUGAGGCUGAAGAUGAGGAAGUAGCCCGGAGACUUUGGGCUGAAAGUGCUAACUUGGUGGGCUUGGACAUGGCUCAUGGGUCCCCUGGAAGGGGACAGUCCCUCCCCAGAUAACCUUCAAAGAUCCAGAUGGAACUGUAUUACCAAGGCCGCUGGCUGCCAUGCCCUCAUCCUCUGGGGCACUGUUGGCAUUGUUACUCUCAAGACCAUGGUUGUUGGCUGCCAUGCACUCAUCAUCCUCUAGGGGCAGUAUUGGGACUGUUAGACUCCCAAGACCAUGGCUGCUGGCUGCCAUGCUCUCAUCUUCCUCUAGAGGCAGUGUUGGCACUGUCAGAAUCUUAUGACUAUAGCUGUUGGCUGCCAUGCCUUUAUCAUCCUCUAGGGGCAGUGUUGGGACUGUUUGACUCCCAAGACCAUGGAUGCUGGCUGCCAUGCUCUCAUCUUCCUUUAGGUGGCAAUGUUGGUCCUUUUUUGUUAGCUGACCACAUUCAGUUGGACCACAGCUGAGCAUUGAUGGGGUAUGUGUGGUGGUGGCAGGUAUAAUGUACUCUGAUGAUUUCUGGGGAGUGGGUCUAUCAGGCGUCUCUCUUGGGAAUGAUUUUGGGCAAUGUUCAAAGGUAGCUGUGGUGGUGACUGAUUGAUCCACUGUUAAAGAGCGGGUAAUCAGACAAAUAUGGCCAGUCAGUCAUAGUUUUUUUGUGGGCCUUUGCACACUUCUGUCUCCUCUAAGAGUUGGCUAUUGUUUCAAAAGCAACUUGGGAGCAAAAGGGCUUACUUUAGCUUACAGGAUAUAGUGCAUCAUGGAGGAGGGACGCCACGGCAGGAACUCAAAGCAAGAGCUUGACGCAGAUACCAGGCUUACACUCAGAUAACUGUCUUUUAUUUUCAUCAUUAUUAUUUCUUUUACACAGAGAGUCUUACUCUGUAACUCUGGCUUUCCUGGAGCUUGCCCAGGAUGGCCUUGAGCUCACAGAGAUCUGCCUGCUGGGAUUAAAGACGUGUUGUCAUGCCUGAGUCAGGUGCCAGCCUAGGCCUACCUGCCCAGGAAUGGGACCACCUACAGUGGGCUUGUCCCUUCUACACCAAUUAGCAAGCAAGAAAUGUCCCACGGACAUUCACCCAGGGCAUUCUUGUCCAAGCAAUUCUCCGGUUGAGGAUCCCUUCCUCUUCUGGGUGUGUCAAGUUGAUAAUCAAAGGAACCAGGAUGGCUCUUGAUUGUAAACAGCCGUGGGUAACUGCUACCUCAUGGGAUGGUGUGGGCAUUAAGCUCUUGUCUGGCUCAGUAAAGGACAGCUACGGACCUAGUGUCCUGGCUGAGGUGCUGGGAUUCGGUGGAGACCCUGGCCUUCACCACCGGAAUGGAGUGAAAAGCUUCUAGCUGCUGCCUCUGAGGACCAGCAUCACCUGAGAUCAUGAUCUCUCCAAUUCUUUUUUUUAAAAUAUUUAUUUAUUAUGUAUACAAUAUUCUGUCUGUGUGUACGCCUGCAGACCAGAAGAGGGCACCAGACCCCAUUACAGAUGGUUGUGAGCCACCAUGUGGUUGCUGAGAAUUGAACUCAGGACCUUUGGAAGAGCAGGCAAUGCUCUUAACCUCUGAGCCAUCUCUCCAGCCCCGAUCUCUCCAAUUCUUAUGAUAAUUUUAACCUUAGAUUCUCAAGCUUUCUGUAUGAUUAUAAUAACUUGCUGGGUGUAGUAACACCAGCACUUAAGAGGUAGAGGCAGGAGGAUCGAGCAUUCAAGGUCAUCCUCUGCCAGCCUGGGCUAUACAAGAUCCUGUCAAAACAAGUCAAAACAGUGAAAUCUCCAAAUGUAGCUGAGUCAUAGAUUUAAAAAAAAACAAACAUUUUCUUAGUGUGUAUGUGUAUGUGCAUGUGCACAGGUAUGCCCUUGAGUGUCUGCCUUCAGUGCGGAGUUCAUUCAGAGGACAACUUGUGGGAAUUGUUCUUGUCUUGUGAGUCUUGGGGAUACAACUCAGUUUGUCCAGCCUUGUGACAAAGACCUUCACCUCUGAACAUAUCACCACAUGACCCUGAACCUGAGUCAUAGGUUUUAUUUUAUCCAUUGUAUAUGGAAUUUAUUUCACACACAACUUGAAUAUUUAUUCCUUUUAAGAAACCGACUUUUAAGUUACUGAGGCAGUGAAGCAAGCUGCUGCUGACUCUGUAGUGGUGGAAGGUGCAGCUCACCAUAUGGCAGGGAUCACUGAGGUUGGGCUGUCUUAGGGAACUUCUGCUUCAGAAAUGGGACACUCAGCUGGGAUGUAGAAUUUCCGGACCAUCAAAAAGGUCAGUAGAUAGCUGGGAAGUACACACCUUUGAUCCCAGCACUUGGGAGACAGAGGCAGGCAGAUCGCUGAGUUUGAGGUCAGCCUGGUCUACAGAGCUAGUUGCAGAACAGCCAAGGCUACAUAAGGAAAGCUCAGUAGACCACUGGGUACUUAGAGCAGGACUGGCCUAGAAUUGUCACUUGCCAAGUGACUGCAGAGCCCAGCCAACCACGUAGCACCUGCUCUGCUGGCACAGUGACACCAAGAAGCACCUCAUUGCUACAGAAUAUUUUGAAGCCACGAGAGGUGAGAAUUGAAAGCUCUUUGUCAUCCACUCCAAAGCUGCCCAAGUUCUGUCUUAAUAGCAGUGUUCCUAGUAGGGUAUAUUUUGCAACCAAAUCAUAUGUAGAAAGAUGCCCUUGGAUGUACAAUAUAUUUAUAUAUCUAUUUAUUUAUAUUUCAUGUAUAUCUGUUUAUCUUGUACAUGCAGUGCCUGAGAAGUUGCAACCAAAUCAUAUAUAGAAAGGUACCCUUGGAUGUACAAUAUUGAUAGCAUGCAUCUCUCUCUCUCUCUCUCUCUGUCUCUCUCUCUCUCACACACACAUCUAUCUAUCUAUCUAUCUAUCUAUCUAUCUAUCUAUCUAUCUAUCUAUCAUCUAUCUAUCAUCUAUCUAUCUUUCUUGUAUAUCUGUUUGUCAUGUGCAUGCAGUGCCUGAGAAGGAUAGAAGAGGACUCCAAAUCUGGAACUGGAGUUACAGUUGUAAGUCUCCAUAUGGGUGCUGGGAAUUGAAUAUGGGUCCCAGGUCCUCUGGAAGAGCAAGCCAGUGCUCUUAACCACUGAGCCAUUACACUGUUAGAUUCUCCUGCCUCUGUCUUCCCUGUUUAAUGAUCCCCUUGGUCAUAUAAGCCCAUCAGGAUAAUCCAAGACAAUGCUUUACUGUUUUUAAAAUCAGUAGAGCAGACUUAAUGCUAUCUGUUAUCUGGUCCUGUUUGCCAGGUAAAGUAACACAGUCCUUUGUUUCUGUGUCCCAGGUUCUGGUGAUGGGAUCUAGCUACCCUGGGGAAGGCCAUUGCUCUGCUGACUGUAUACUCCCCUUUAUAAAGCCUGGCUCUUAAGGUUUUCCAAUGACGCCCACUUAUUUCUCAUCCAUUCUGGUCUGCUUUAAUUAGGCUGGUUCAACUCCACUUUUUUUUUCUUUUGAGACAGUUUCACUGUGUAGUUCAGACUAAACUUGAACUCUAGAUCUCAUCUCAGCCUCUCGAGCCCAGAGAUUACAGGCCCACUAUAUGUUGCCAACUUGCAAUGUUUAUAACCAAAUAAACAAAAAUAUACAUUCCUGUUAUUAAUUCGCCAUUGUUUUUUUUGUUUUGUUUUUGUU